AUGAUCAGACCAAAGCUGCUGGACGCGCCUCGGCUCGUCCGCAUCAUCAAAUACCUGGCCCCGGCGCUGCUGCUAUUCUACUUCCUCUCGGACCUCGAGGAGAACCAGGUCCGCGACCGGUACGCCGAGGUCCUGCGCAGCUUCAAGGACGAGAAGAAGCUCUUCGUCUCGGACCUGCUCGAGAACGAGGUCGACGGCAGGUUCGACGGCACGGAGCUGGCGCGGGUCUGCGCCGGCAGGGAAUGGCAUCCGGAAGACAAGGCCCUCAUCUUGACGUGCUCGCCCAUGCCCGGGGGCGUGGGCGAGGUCAAGAAUGGGCUCUUGCACUGCAUACGGUUUGCGAUUGAGAUAGGAGCGCAGCUCGUCCUCCCCCGGAUCACCCGCCGCUCCCAGGCCGAUAUCUCCAACCUCAACGGCGAGCAGCAGGCCAAGGGCCAGCCCCUCGACUACAUGUUCUCGUCCGAGCACCUGCUCACCUCCCUGCAGUCCCACUGCCCGCAGAUGCGGGUCUACCGGUCCCUGGACGACCUCUACGACAAGCCGAGCCUGCUCAAGCCGCUGCCGGUGGGCAUGGGCAUGCUGACGGACGAUGUGGCCGUUCUCAACGGGACGUACACCUCAAUCAUCGCGGAGCCCCAGAACAUAACCCGCCGUUUCGCCGAAUUCUACGAGCGCGAGCUCCCCCUCGAAAAGCGCCACUACCCCGUGCGCGUCGACCUGCAGCAGACCGUCUUCGCCUGGCCCGCCCACUAUGACGGUGAGGCCUUCCGCCGCGACUUCGGCCGCCUGCUGCGCGUGCGCGACGACGUCAGGCUGCUGGCCGCCUCCGGGCUGUGGGAGCUCGUCCGCCGCUUCAGCCUGCAGCUCGACCCGCGCCGGGGCAUCGCCCACAACCCUGCGCAGGACAAGAACCCGCGCUUCGUGGGCGCCCAUUUGCGCACGGAGAAGGACACGGCGCCCCCGCCCGCCCGCGAGGGUGAACCACCGCCGGCCUAUGAUGGCCGCUUCCCCGGCUACGACGCCCAGGCCACGUACUUCCUCGACUACCUCGCGUCCUCCGAGGUCCCCGGGAGGGUCGUGUACCUUGCGACGGGCCUGCACACCGAGGACGGGGACGUGCGACGCUUCACGGCCAAGGCCGCCGAGCUGGGCGUCACCGUCGUCACCAAGCGGGACGUCCUGGCGCCGGGCGAGGUCGCCGUGCUCAACAACCGCCUGACCUGGGACCAGAGGUCGCUGGUCGACUACGAGAUCAUGCUGCGCGCCGGUUUCGUGCUGGGCAUCGUCGAGAGCAGCUUCGCGUGGAAUCUGGCCCUGCGGAGGGGCAACACGUUCGGCGGCGGGAGCAACGGCGUCGGCGCCGAGUAUGGGGGGUUCAUGGAGGUGCCGAGCACGGAUCCUGGGAAGCCCGGGGUGAUGAUGUGGCAGGACCGGUAUUCGAAGCUGUUUGGCGACUCGGACAGGGCAGUGAGCAUGUACUAUGGAAUUUGGCCUUGA